UUCGUUACGAUGACCGUUAACUGCCUAAAAUCAAACUCUCUUUCUUUCCGACUCCGAGCCAAGGAAAUGGCUUCUCUACUGUUUCCAUUGUCUUUCUCAAAGCUCAAUCUCUCUUCUUUGUCUACCAAUUCUGCCACUGCCUGUAGAAAGGAGCAAAGCCUUAUGUCCCUUUUCAAGCAGUGUUCCACCUUGAAAGAUUUGAAGCAAGUUCAUGCCCAUGUAAUCCAAACUGGCUUUAAUCAAUACCUCUAUGUCAUCGGCAAAAUAAUCGUUUUUUGUGCGGUUUCAGAGCAUGGAGAGAUGGAUUACGCGGUUUCGGUGUUCAAUGGGAUUGAAAACCCAGAUGGGUUUCUAUGGAAUACGAUGAUUAGGGGGCUUGGGAAGACUAAUCAGCCAGAGAGGGCUUUUGAGUUCUAUAAGAGAAUGCAAAAACGAGGAGAGGUGGCAGACAAUUUCACGUUCUCUUUCUUGCUCAAGUUUUGUGGGCAACUGGGGUCGGUCAUGUUGGGAAAACAGAUACAUUGCGAUACUAUGAAACAAGGCCUGGAAUCUCAUGUCUUUGUGAGGAACACACUGAUUCAUAUGUAUGGCAUGUUGAAGGAUUCCGAAACUGCACGUAGACUGUUUGAAGAAAUAUCCAUGCCUGAUGUAGUGGCUUGGAAUACUGUCAUUGACUGUCAUGUCUAUUGCGGGAAGUUCAAGGAGGCACUUGACCUGUUCUUGCGGAUGCUGCAAUGUGGCAUAGAUCCCGAUGAGGCUACAUUGGUUGUCACCCUCUCAGGGUGUUCUGGAUUGGGUGCGUUAGAUUUUGGGAGGUGGGUUCAUUCCUGCAUUAAGGGUAGUGACCUUAGCAAGAUUGUUUCGGUAUCUAAUUCACUAAUUGACAUGUAUGCUAAAUGUGGAGCAGUUGAAGAAGCAUAUGAAAUAUUCAAUAACAUGAAAAUAAAGGACAUAGUAUCAUGGAACACAAUGAUUAUAGGUCUCGCAGCACACGGCCAUGCAGAUGAGGCAUUGGCAGUUUUCUCAAAAAUGUUGGAAGAGAAAAUUGAGACACCAGAUGAAGUUACUUUCAUGGGAGUUUUGUCUGCUUGUAGCCAUGGAGGAAUGAUUGAUUAUGCAAGAAGAUAUUUUGAUGUUAUGAGCAAAGAUUACCGCAUCCAACCCUCAAUAAAGCAUUACGGCUGCAUGGUGGAUGCAUUAGGACGAGCUGGGUUUGUGGAGGAGGCUUACGAGUUGAUAAGGAGUAUGCCAAUAGAAUGCAAUGCCAUUGUAUGGAGGACAUUGCUGGCUGCAUGUGGGGUGCAUGGAUAUGUUGUACUUGGGGAGAAGGUGAGGAACCAUCUAUUGGAGUUAGAACCAGGUCAUAGCAGUGAUUAUGUCCUCCUUGCAAACAUGUAUGCUAGUUUAGGUCAAUGGAGUGAGAUGACAGGAGUGCGAAAAGCAAUGCAAGACAGGGGAGUUCAGAAAACUGAGCCUGGUAAUAGUUUCAUUGGUCUUCAUGGCAGAACCAGGUUAGAGAUGAAGACUGAAGAUGGUUACAAAGAUAAGAAUACUACAUGUACCCAGUGGCUUCAAUAAUA